AAAAGCUCAUCUUGGUGAUGUUAUUGAGCUUACUUUGAGGGUCACUCAUUGGUGUACUUGUUAUAUUUGUGGUGCCCCUCUUCACUUUUUGGUAAACCAAACUUCUUCAAUUCAAGGGGGCAUCAAAAGCUGCUGCAGGUUGGUUUCAUCAAUCUAUCUGAUGGAGGAAAAUCUGCCUCCUGGUUUUAGGUUCCAUCCUACAGACGAAGAGCUCAUCACAUGCUAUCUUACAAGGAAGGUUUCUGAUUCCAGCUUCACAUCCAAAGCUAUAGCAGUUGUUGAUUUCAAUAAGUCUGAACCUUGGGACCUCCCAGGCAAGGCCUCGAUGGGGGAGAAAGAGUGGUACUUCUUCAGCUUAAGAGAUCGAAAGUAUCCAACCGGACUUCGAACAAACCGAGCCACUGAAUCAGGGUACUGGAAAACCACAGGGAAAGACAAGGAAAUUUUUCGUGCUGGGGUUUUGGUAGGAAUGAAGAAAACCCUAGUCUUUUACAGGGGUAGAGCUCCAAGGGGUGAGAAAAGCAAUUGGGUCAUGCAUGAAUAUAGACUAGAAAACAAGCACCACUUUAGACCAUCCAAGGAUGAAUGGGUGGUUUGCAGGGUUUUCCAAAAGAGCUUACAAGUGAAAAAACCACAACAAAUUACACCCUCCUCCCAACCAGAGUCCCCAUGUGACACAACCUCAAUGGUCAAUGAAUUUGGUGAUGUUGAGUUUACCAAUCUAAAUAACAUUGCAAAUUCAUCAUGUGGACUCAACAACAUUUCAGAACAAACUUUCAAUGCUGAUAUCAGCAAUAAUAGUGUUAACAGAAACAUGAACUUGACCAUGAAUUGGCCAGUUGCAAGCGAGGUUCCCUCUCUUCCAUCUCUCACAUGGCCCUCAGGGUUGAUAAAUCCAAGUAUUUCUGUGAAUUCUUUGCUUCUCAAGGCACUGCAACUUAGGAGUUAUCAACAAAGAGAAGCUGUAGCAGCGGUAGCCACAAAUCAUUUUGCAUCAGCAGCAUCAUAUAUGCCUCAUGGAGGUUCCCAUGUUGGAACUGAUCUAACUUCAAAUUUCACUGCCUCUUCUUCUAGAGUUUUAGAAUGUAUGCCACAGCAGCAACAACAGGAGCAACCAUUCCAUUUGGACUCCAUUUGGUGAAUCUGUUUAAAUCAUGAAGCUAACAUUGUGUAAACAUCAACCCUCCAACUGCAACAACUCCUAUGAAUAAAAUGGUUACCAUUUCCAAAGUAAAUAUUGGGAUUUGGGACUUUGUAAAAUUGUCAUUUUCGUGCUAAACUAAACUCAAAUGUUGAUGUUGUAAACAUUCAUCGUCAAAUGUUGUAUUUGGGUGCCAAAAUAGGCAACUUUUAAAUCACUAGCUAGUAUUGUUAAAGUCCUUUGCUGUUCUGUCAUUAGCAGGAAAAUUCCUCAAUCGUCCUAGGUUUCAUGUGUUGUAGUAUUAAGUUAGA